CUAGACACCCUGUCCGCCCGCGUGUCCCGCCCCGGUGGCUGCUUCCCGCCUGCUGUCCUCUGAAGUCAGUCUCUAGCCCCGGGCAAAGCCCAUCUAGUCCGCUGAGCAGGCCAGAGCUGUUGGGAGUGGCGGAUCCUCCCACCCCAGCCGGAUCUGGGCCAUGGCCGAGCCUGGAGAGCAACUGCCAGAGGAGUUGCUGGCGCUCAUCUUCCGCCACCUGUCCCUGAAGGACCGUGCUACAGCCGCCAGGGUCUGCAGGGCCUGGGCUGCCGCUGCUACCUCCAGCGCCGUGUGGCACGACACAAAAAUCAGUUGCGAAUGUGAGCUGGAAGGCAUGCUGCCACCUAAUUUGUCCGCCUGUCUUGACCACGUUCACAACCUACGGCUGGAAUUUGAGCCAUCGAGGGAGCCGAGUCGCCGGGCAGCCAUCGAACUGCUGAUGGCUCUGGCGGGCCGUGCCCUGGGGCUGCGAGGCCUCUGCCUGGAGUGCCGCGGAGAAAAGCCGCUCUUCGACUCGGGCCACGACGUCCUGGAGGCUGUGCACGCAGUAUGCGGGGCGGCCCGCGAGCUGCGCCACCUCGACCUGCGGCGCUUGCCCUUCACACUGGACGACGCGCUGGUGCUGCGGGCGGCGCGCAGCUGUCCCGAGCUCCACAGCCUUUUUCUGGAUAACAGUACCCUAGUGGACAGCGUGGGUCCCGGAUCAGUGCUCGAACUACUGGGGGCCUGCCCGCGCCUGCGCGCUCUCGGCCUGCACCUAGCCAGUCUGUCUCAUGCCACCCUCGAAGCGCUGGCCGCACCAGACCGCUCACCUUUCGCGCUCCUGACUCUGCGCUGCGCGUGCCCCGAAGAUGCGCGCGCUUCCCCCCUGCCCAACGAAGCCUGGGCUGCGUUGCGCCGCCGCCACCCUGGGCUGGCCGUGGAGCUGGAGCUGGAGCCCGCGCUGCCAGCCGAGAGCGUGACGCGCGUCCUGCAGCCAGCGGUCCCCGUGGCUGCGCUACGCCUCAACCUCUCAGGCGACACCGUAGGCCCAGUGCGCUUUGCGGCGCACCACUACGCCGCAACACUGCGCGCGCUCGAGGUGUGCGCAGCCGCUUCAGCCGGGCUAAAUGCCGCGCUGGAGGAGCUGGCGGCGCGCUGCGCGGGCCUGCGCGAGGUGCACUGCUUCUGCGUGGUGAGCCCCUCCGUGUUGAACGCCUUCCGCAUGCACUGCCCGCGCCUGCGCACCUAUACCCUCAAGCUCACGCGCGAGCCUUAUCCUUGGCGGCCCACGCCAGUGGCGUGAUUGGGCGACUUCUCCCCCCGUUCCCGCGAACGUAAGCGCUCUGAGCUGGGACGGGGGUGUCCAGGUGCGUCCUGACUGCUAGCGCCUUCCUUCGGGAUUGUUGCCCCCCCGGGUCUCUACGGAGUGGGAACUGUGGGAUGGUAUCGGGACCAUUCCUGGGAGCCCUGAGUCCACUCACUGCUCUCACCCUCUGCAGAAGUCCCGCCCGCUCGGUCCUGGACACACUGCCCCCGCUGGCCACCACCCCUCUGCGGGCUCUGCAGCUCCGCGGCCCCGGCGCGGGCCGGGCCUCAGGGGUGAAUGUGAAAUAAACAAAUCCUGCAG